AUGGAUCCUUCAGGUCUAACUACGGACAAGGAUCAUCAGCUUGAUCAAGAGCGUAUUGGAGAUAUAUUCCGAUCUGGCCAGUUCUCAGACAUAACUGUCAUAUGUGAAGAUGCUAAAUGGAAACUUCACAAAGUGAUCCUGGUCAGCCGCUGCCCGUGGUUCAAGCGCGAGUUAGUAGAGAAAGACCCUGAGGGCGAGAUCAAUGAGAUCAUCAUCGCUUCGGAUAAGGAUAUUGUAGGCUGGAUCAUCAAGUGGAUUUACUUCAAGUGCAAGUUACAUCCCGCCAAUUCUGUUGAGGCUUACCUACGGCAUUCUAACCGUGGUACAGCGAUCGACGGCACGAUUUACAACACUGGAACAAUUGCCUACCCGCGACUUUACAGAGCUGCCUGGAGAUUCGAACUAUCUGGCCUGAUGUUGAAAAUCGAGCUCGGAAUGAAAGCCUAUCUGCGCCAGAAAGCCAUACAAUGGCAGCGAGCAUUUCACGAUACCGAUCCACUCUUAGAGCCCCAGUUCUUACCCGACAAUGAAAUCGACACCAUCCAAGACGCCAUUGUCCAGACGUACAAGUAUGAGGUGGACGAACUCAAAGUAAUCUGGGUCGAUUUCGCGGAGGCGACUAUGUUCUGGCCAGUGGCAUCCGGCUUUUUCAAGCCUAUCUUUGACGACGUACCUGCCUAUGCCGAUGAGGUGCUAUCAUACAUGACGGACCGCCGUUACAUUCCUGCAGUGUUGAAGGCGCCUCAUCAUUGCAAAAAAUGUCAUCAAUGUCCGUUUAUGCACCCAGCUCGCACUUGCUACUACGUUAGAGUAUGGCAUGACGAUGAGGGAGAGAUCGUGGGGGAAUGUAACUUUUGCACCACCUAUCGACCUUCAUUGUUCUUCGAGCCCGACGAGUAAAGAAGGAAGUAGGAGGACAGUGGACGCGAUGAGAAUGGACGGUCCAUAAGAAUCAAACGUCGCGAUCCUGGAAGUCUUUUUUUUCUCAUUAAUAGGGGAGGGAAACGGAAUUAACUAUCGAUCUUCUUAAUUAUGAGUUUCAUUAGUAGGUAGGGAAUAAAAAGUGCCCUUCCAAUAGUCAUAUCCUUGCCAGUGUCAAAACCAUCCAUUAUAAGCUCCGGCCUUAUUCCAACCGCCAUAUCUUCUGCCAUAACAUAACAAUUACCUUGGGAUUUGUUUAGUGAAUGAUAUUUUUAGAUGUCGGUUUGGAGUUUGUUCGCGCCAUUGCGGGGUAGUUAGUUGGGCAUAUCAAUAUGGAUAGCGGGGUAGAGGCUCAUCGACCCCUGGACACUAAAGGUUCGGGGCAACUGCGGGGUGCAGUAGAACUAGCCUCGAAAGCCAUCUAGGUAUUACGCGGGGUACCCUACCCCGGUCUAGAGGCGAUCCGGUGCAGUACAAACAAAGAACAAGAAUAGAACUGGAAGACCGCGUGUAGCAAGAAGAAUGCUAUAAGUGGUAGAUUG